AUGGGGGAUCAUUUUGUGUUCUUAGUGGACCGCUUGCUAACCGAAUCAACACUGGAAGCUGCAAUUGAAAGCAGGCUGCGGUCUAUGCAAGCGACAGCAUCGUCCAGGGUGGAUGAUGAUGAUUCCCAAGUGGAGAAAUGUUCCCAUAGUGUGGAUUUUGAGGAUAUAUCGACUCCCACGAAGAUAGUGGAAUGCAGGAUAUGCCAGGAUGAUGAUGUAGAUUCCAACAUGGAGACGCCUUGCUCUUGUUGUGGCAGCCUCAAGUAUGCUCACAGGAGGUGUGUUCAAAAGUGGUGUAACGAGAAGGGGAAUACUACUUGUGAAAUAUGCCAACAGCAAUUCAAGCCUGAUUAUACAGCCCCACCACCAUUGUUUCAUUUUGGGCGUAUACCUAUAAACCUGAGGGGAAAUCGGGAUAGGUCCACAAGGGAAGUACAUGGUCGUCGUUUUGUAGCAGUGGUCUCAGCAGAACAUAAUCUUGCUACUCCCGACUAUGAUAACCAUUCGACAUUUCCGAGCAGAAACUUAAUCUGCUUCCGCUCAGUUGCAAUCCUUAUCAUGAUACUUUUACUUCUUCGACAUACCCUUCCCAUUUUACUUUCUGAAAGUGUUCAUAUCUCCAUCCCACUGUUGCUGUUGUUAUUGCUACGAGUAGCUGGAAUCAUUCUUCCCAUCUAUGUUAUGGUGAAAUCAUUGACCGCUCUUCAGCAACGGCGCCAGCAACAUGUAGUCCCUUCAUCUGACGAAGAACCUGAAGAAGAGGCUGAGCAUCAGUCGGCCCUCCAGGUUGAGUCGCACAUAAUCAAUGUUCGUUAA